AUCGCGGGCCAUCGACCACAAUAAAUACCGUGCACGAGCCAUCAGCAGCUGGGGCAAAGCCAGGUGCAGUGCACUGUAUCCAGAUCGACAAACACUGUGAGGCUAGCGACGCCUGCCCCCAAUUUCGAUACCACUCGGUUAUUCUCCACGGUCGGACCAGCACCAUCAAGGCGAUGGCAUUCGUGGACGAAGGGUCGUCUUUCACGUUGGUGGAGGAGGACCUCGCGGACGAGCUCGGCCUAGACGGGCCCAACCAGCCAUUACAUCUGCAAUGGACGGGAGGGAUUACUCGCGUGGAGAAGAGAUCACGCGUCGUGACCCUAAAGAUCUCGGGAACGCCACAGGGUCACCAGUACACUCUGUCCGGAGUGAAGACCGUACAGAAGCUGGAACUACCAGCGCAGACCCUCGACAGCGAAGUUCUACAAUCAAAAUACCGGCACCUGCGGGGCGUGCGACUGGAACCGUACACGAACGAGCGCCCCAAACUCCUCAUCGGGAUUGGGCACCUACAAGUAGGGCUGGUACUGAAAUGUCGAGAGGGCACAGCGAACGACCCGGUAGCCGUUAAAUCCCGCCUGGGGUGGACCGUUUGCGGGGGCGCUGACAAGGUGCAUAACGUAGCAGCCGUCCAGUCUCGGAGUAACGAAAGCCACAAGAGUGACGACAACGGAGGACGCUAGGUGUCUGGAGCUGCUAACGGCCCGCACCAGGCUGGUGGGUGACCGAUACGAAACCGGCCUACUUUGGCGAGAGGACGACGGAACCUUGCCCAACAGCCGCCCGAUGGCGCUACAACGUUUCCAACAACUACAGAGGAGAAUGAAGAGAAGUCCGGAGUUCGCACGCACCUUGAAAGAGAAAAUAAAGGAGUAUGAAGAGAAACGAUACAUAAGGAAAUUAAGUGUUAGCGAGGAGCAGCAAGACGAGCCGAGACGGUGGUACCUUCCUAUCUUUGUGGUGACAAAUCCGAAUAAACCCGGGAAAGUUCGACUCGUCUGGGACGCGGCAGCAGAGGUGCGGGGAACCUCCCUAAACUCAGCGUUGCUAACGGGGCCCGACCUGCUCUCUAGCCUGUUCGAGAUUCUGAUCCGUUUCCGGGAAGGAAGGAUCGGGGUAACGGGGGACAUCCGUGAGAUGUUCCAUCAAGUGCGGAUACGUCCCGAAGAUCAGUCAAGCCAAUGUUUCUUAUGGGAAAACGAACACGGUGAGGUGGAGACCUACGCGAUGCAGGUGAUGACGUUCGGUGCCCGCUGCUCGCCCAGCACCGCUCAAUACGUGAAGAACAUCAACGCCCAGCGGUUCGCAGAAACCCACCCUAAUGCCGUUAAGGCUAUCAUCCACGCACACUAUGUCGACGACAUGCUGGUGAGCGUCGAUCGCGAGGAGGAGGCCAUACAACUAGCCCUGGACGUCGCGCACGUACACCGCGAGGGAGGGUUCGAGAUUCGCGGUUGGAUUAGCAACUCGCCCCAGGUGUUAAGCGCCCUACACGGAGAACCUGAAGAA